AUGAGUGAUGAGAAGCAAGUCGACCCUAAGGUCGCUAACGGAAGCUCUAGCAGCUCACUCAAUGAGGGUGCCGUUAUCUCUGGCCGAGCCGCAGAUGAGACUCUUGAUCUUAUUGAGAAGCAUGGACAUGAGGUUGGGGAACUUACUCCCGAGAAGAAGAAGAAACUCAAGCGCAAGAUUUACAUCCACGUCCUUUUGCUUGUCACGUUCAUCGACUUUAUGCUCUAUGUUGAUAAGAGUACCCUGGGUCAAGCUACACUCCUUGGGCUUUUCAAGGAUACAGGUCUCAAUAAUUCCGAGUACAACAACUUGAACUCCCUCUUCUACACCGGUUACAUUAUCGGACAGAUUCCCGGACAGCUUCUCAUCCAAAAGCUACCCCUGCGCACGUUCAUCUCAGGAAUUAUCUUUACAUGGGCUGUCAUUGUCCUCCUCCACUGUGUCGCCCAGAGCUAUGGAGCCCUGAUCCCUCUUCGCUUCUUCCUCGGCUUCGUCGAAUCCGCGGUCAUUCCAGCUCUUGAGAUCACGAUGGCCAUGUUCUUUACGCCUGAGGAGCUCCACCAGGUUCAGCCUUUGUUUUACACUUCUUGCAUCGGCUCGCCCAUGUUCACUGGCCUUGUCUCAUAUGGUUUGCUGUAUAGCAAGGCAAGCACUAGCCCGUGGAAGUUCUUCAUGAUCAUCACUGGCGGUAUAUCGCUUGUCCUCUCGGUCAUCACCUGGUUCUGGUAUCCUAACAACCCCGCGACAGCCUGGUUCUUGACCACUGAACAGAAGGUCCAUACCAUUCGUCGCAUUCAUGAAACCACCCGCAGCUCGAUCGAGCAGAAGACGUUUAAGAAGCAUCAAUUCAUUGAAUGCUUGAAGGAUCCCAUCUCUUGGCUCUUCGCAUUCUCAGGCUUCACCCUCAUGCUGGCGAAUAACCUUCCAUACCAGCAGAGCUUGCUCUUCUUGGACCUUGGAGUUUCUCCAUUAGGUUCUACCCUUGUUUGGGUUGCUUCUGGAGGCUUUGCAAUUCUUGCAUGCAUCACAGCCUCGCUUCUUAUACGCUUCUUCCCUGGGCAUAGCGCUUGGUGGGCUGCACUUUGGUGCGUACCUUGUAUCGCGAGUAGUAUCGGCAUGGUCACCAUUCCAUGGGGUAACACUAUUCCCAUGCUUGCUUGCCUUCUUCUCCCCCCGAAUUGCUUCGCGCAAACAUGGAUCAUUUCUGUUGGCUGGGUGUCCUCUAGUUGCGCCGGCCAUACAAAGCGUCUCACCCGCAACGCCAUGUUCAUGGUGCUUUAUGGAAUAUCGAACAUCAUCUCUCCACAGCUAUGGAAGACUGGAGGGCCGCGUUACUAUCCUGCUUGGAUUGUCCAGAUCGUGGCCAGUUUCACCUUGACGCCCAUUCUGUUGAUCACUAUUCGGUUCAUCCUCUCCAAGAGAAACAAAGAGCGACGACAGUGGAUCGCUGAACAGGAAGCACUUGGUAACCAUGGAGAAGGAUAUGUCGAACAGAUCGUGGAUGGUGAAACUGUCAAGGUCAAGGUGGAUGUUUCGAUGAUGGACUUGACUGAUCUGGAGAACAAGUACUUCCUUUAUCCAUUGUAG